GUAUGUAGGGUUUUACAGCUGUGGAUCUGAAGAGGAAGAGGAUCCAUCUUUGGGUGUUCUUUUGUCUUGGAAGGCAUCACAAUGGACAUCUGAGAUGUAAAGGUAGAAGGCUCGGAGGAGCUGCCACUCAAACCAGGACAACGCCUCACUCCACCCACUAGUCAACACAGUCGGGAGGCCAGUCAUGCAUCUGAAGUCGUAUCCUAAGCUAGUGCGCUCAGAGUUGCGUUUGGAUUCUUCUGGUGUUCAGCCUUCAUCCCAGCGGAGCAGCAUUUUUGUGGGGCAGCAGGGGGCACUGCGAAGGACCUGCAGCAGUGGUCACACCAACAUCACCAGUAACCGGCUGCCAUUCAGUGUUCUCUCCACCAACACCCUCCGCUGCAGCAACACCUCUGAUGUGAGCAGCAGUGCAGCUGCAUCACUUUGGCUGGAGGCAUCGUCAAGGACCACCCUGCACUUCCUCCCCCCACCACCAGGCUGCGAGAAUGAGACGCUCAGUCUGUACCAGACAGCAGCAGGAGACGGUGACAGUCCAUUGGACAUUUGGGCAGUCAUCAAGCCUGGGCAUGUUCGGGAGAAGAUUGCCAUCUUUGCGUCAGAGAGUGGACAUCCAGGUGCUGACGGAGGCAGCAGCAGCAGAUGUUCUUCAUCCAGCAGCAGCAGGGACAGGUCACAGGUCUCUUAUGCCAACCAUCCGGUUAUGUCUGGAUUCUCACGGGCUAUGAAGGCAAAGGGAAGCUGGGAGGAAAAUAGUUCAGCCAAACGACGCAGGAAGUCUGGAAACAACCAAAACCAGAUUGGUCAGCAGGACCAGAUAGCCCAGCUCCUGGAUGCACAACAACACACCCACAAACUGACCAAGAACUGUUCAGACAUGGUGAGGAGGUCCGCUGGCAGUGUGCAGUCUGUAGCUGAAGCAGCAUCAUCCGUGGAACGGCAGGAGGCUCUCAAAGCAGUGUCGGUGGUGGAGAUGGUGGCGUUCCUGGAGCAGAGGGUAUAUGAGCAACAGCCCAAGAUCAAGCCUCAGCUCUCCCUGCAGAGGAGCUGCACAACUAUCACUCUGUCCAGAGCUCCACCCCCAGAGGUCAGAGAGGGGCUUGAAGUUGGGCUGGCUGUGGGGGAGGAGCCAGAGAUUGUAAAAGUUUCAGAUAUGGUGGCCAAGCUAGAGUCUGAGUGUCUGAGGAGGAGAACAGAGGGAGAUCUUUCGAGGAGUAACAGUCUGAGGAGGACAGUAGGUCGCGUGCUGUUAGCUACCGGGGAGCCUGGCUCUGCCCCUUCCCAGCCUUCAUCACCAUCUUCAUUAUUAUUGUCACCAGCAGAAGGACAGAGUCCAAGCAGGUUUGAAGAAAGGAACCUGGUCAGCUGCACAGAAAAACCCACACCUCUCGCACGUCCGCCUGCCACACCCCUUUCCUUACCCUUAGACCCUGACCAUUGCAGUGCGGCUAAGGCUCCCGCAGAGACUCAAACUGAUGCCACGCCCUCUUAUAAGUCUCCACCAACCACAGAGGAACCUCUGCCGGGGCUGCUGUUUUUAUCUCUGCCUCCUCCUGUCACAGAGCCACACCCAUUCUGCUCACUGCACACUGAACCACGCCUCCUUAGCUACACCGCGAACGCUCAACAUGUGACCUCUGACCUGGAGACCGUUCUCCCGAGGCCUCUCUCUCCACCUGCUCAGUCCUCUGGCGGUGACACCAACCCAGACAAGAAGAGGAGAAAAAUUGGCAGAAUGCAGCGAGAGAAGGAGGGCGGCGCUGUGAGUUUGGGGGUGGACGUGGUGCCUCUCAGAAGGUCCCCGUCUGCCUCGCAGGACUUCUUAGAGAUGCGUCAGCGGCUGCAGCAGCUUCUGGAGCCGCAGUCGUAUCUGGCCGUGCUGCCACACCACCUGCUGGUGAAGAUCUUCCUGCUGCUGCCCACACAGAGCCUCGCCGCCCUCAAGUGCACCUGCCACUACUUCAGGUUCAUCAUCGAGAACUACGGUGUGAGGCCGGCCGACUCCCUCUGGGUGUCUGACCCCCGUUACCGCGACGACCCGUGCAAGCAGUGCAAGAAGCGCUUCGGCCACGGUGAUGUGUCGCUGUGCAGAUGGCACCACAAGCCGUACUGCCAGGCUCUGCCUUAUGGACCUGGAUACUGGAUGUGUUGCCAUGGCGCCCACAGGGACACACCUGGCUGUAAUGUGGGUCUCCAUGACAACCGCUGGGUGCCAGCAUUCCACAGUAUCAACGUGCCAAUCUACAAAAGGAGCCGUGAGGCGGAAGAGUGAGAACGCCAUCUUUGACAUGUCAGAGGCCGAAACCCAAAACAAAAUAUUUUCCUUUUGGAAAAUGCUCCAGAUGUUUGGUUCACUCACCAUCACAAUCUUGCUCAGACUGUUUAGAUUUUCAUUUGGAGAACCGAAAUUAAACUUUUGCUGCAGUGGUUGAUGUACGCUGAGGAUGUGGUUGUCAAAUUGCUAAGUGGGCAUUGUCUGUGUAGCCACAACGUCAGACGUCUCUGAGAAAAACAUUUUUAAGCCUUCGCGCAAAGUAACUCUUCAGCUCAGUUAGUGAAUUUUGAUUGAAAAUCUAAACUGUUGAUUUCAGCAUCUAGACUGGAGGCUGUCGCCCCCUGCUGCUCACAUCUCACUAACAGCUGCUGCAGAAAGUUUGAGUGCUGACUGAAGCGGUACUGUUCCAUCUGAAGUUGUGGUCUGCAGGACGCCACAAUGCCACUUCCUGUCUAUCAUCUGUCCUUCGCGCCUUAUUAAACACAAACAUUUGUCACAAGUCAGCAGCUGCUCGAGAAGAAUCCCAGUCAGGAUUCAUCUCGUCCGUCUGGUUUCAGUAACUUCAUGCUUAAACCACAUCAUGAGUUAAAAAAAAAAAAGUCUAAAUCAAACGUCAGAUCUGCUGCCAGUUGCACUCUGAGCUACCAUCCAACGUGCUCUGACUGGAAGCAGUUGGAAAUGCAAAUUAAAUUUUGUUCCUGCUCAGUGUGGCUGCAGAAGGUCCACUUUUAUUCAGCACAAGUUUUAUUUUGGUGUUCCUGUUAAUAACACUCAGCAUUACCGCAAUGCAGUGUCACACCAACAAAGUCGAAAAGACAGAGGGUGAGCUGUCAUGAAGUUUCUACCGCUCACCCAAUGUUAUCCAGUGUUACGCAGCAGAGAGAUGUAAAGAUUCUUCUGUCCGUCUUCCUGUUGUGGUUUUGCAUGCACUUAGUUUCCCCGGUGCAGUGAGGGGUUAUAAGAACCUUUUUAUUUCCGGGGGUAUGACAAUGAAUGAUGAAAAGCAGCCCGGAUAACCUGAGGCUUUGUUGCGAGCUCCUUGUUCCAUGUCACAACUGAUCUACAACCGCAACUAAACCUUUUAAUUAGCAUAACCUGCCACAACCUUAAAAAGAGCACUGUGUUGAAAGGUCAUCAGAAAGCUGAAGUGGCAGAGCACAGUCACAUAAUGCAGCUGGGCAGUUUGGAUUUGAACAAGGCUACAGGGAACGAUCGUGUUCAAAGAUGAGGUUGUUUUGACUUGGGUUCAUGUUAAGGUCACUGGCAGCUGAUGGUCUAUCUGCGCUGUGUGGCCACCAUAUUAAACAUGCGCAUGACCAAGGAGGCGGGGCUAGAGGGCAACACCUCACCUGAGGCAGAAAUGGCUUCUAGUUAUCCAGUACUUUGUGUUUUCUACACCUUGUUUACAUUUGUACAUAAAAGCAGAGUAUAUGAGGAAAAUGUUUGGUGUAUCCUGAUGGCUGAGAUUUUUUUUUUCCUUCUUUGUCUCCUUUCUCUAUGCUUAAGUCGUGAGGAAUUUUGAAUUUGAGUUUGCAAUGUCUUGAACUUUCCAUCAUCUGCUAGCGUCAGUCAGCCGGAGAACGAUAAUAUCUUCAUCAGGACUUUAGAUCUUUUUUAUUUUAAAUCUCUAAGGUUAAAAGGGCAAACGUUGCCUCGUCUGUUCUUGAAGAUGAUUCAGUAUAUAAACUCAAAGUAGAUAUUAAAAAUAUUCAGUCAAAAAUAACAGCCUUUCUCCAGUCUUAGUUUCCCCCCUUUAGUCAUUAAAGGGUAUUUGUUUGUUUUUCUGUACAUUUUAACAGCUGUCCCCACUGGUCUUGGGAUUUUUUUUUUGUUGUUUUUUUAAGGGCGUAUGUUAUCUGUUCAAUGUCUUAAAAGUCCAAAUACUAUCUGCAAACUCUGGAAAAUGUGUGAAAUGCUUCAAUGGUUUGAGCCAUUAAAUGGUUAUAAAUACA